GGGGCACCUUACACCCCCCCCCCCCGCAUUUUCUGGAAAUGGCAAGGGGCAGUGUGUUGUAUACCCUGGCCACACACACCAGUGGAAGGGGGAAUGUUAUGGCAGAUCUGGUGUUGGGGGACUUGAUUGCCCACUCUGGCCAAGGACAGAGGGGUGCUGGGAUCUGUGAAGGGUCUCGGGGUAUGAGGGCCACAGCUGCCUGGCCUCUGCUCCUGCCUCUACCUCAUCCCCAGCUGAGCCCUGCAGCCUGGCCCCAGGCCAGCAGCAGGCUCAGCAGGUCCCAGGGGCGUGGUAGCAGCCAGCGGUGGAGCCAGCCUAUAUCGGCAAGGCAGUCAGAGAGGCAGCAUAGUCCAUCGGGAACAGCUGAGCUCACUGCAGUCAGUGCCUGGAGAGGAAGCAUGGCCAUGAGCCCUCUGCUGUACUACGCCUUGCCUGCCCUGGGCAGCUAUGUUGUGAUCUCCAUGUACUUCCUGCGCCGGCCUCACCUGCUGCACACACCCUGGGUCCCAGCCUUCUUUCCCCGCCUAGGGGCCCACCGGGGAGGAUCUGGAGAGCGGCUGGAGAACACCAUGGAGGCCAUGGAGAACUCCGUGGCCCAGCGAGCAGACCUCCUGGAGCUCGACUGCCAGCUGACACGGGAUGGCGUAGUGGUGGUAUCACAUGAUAAGAACCUGUCCCGCCAGUCAGGUGUAAAUAGGGAUGUGGGCAGCCUGGACUUUGAGGAGCUGCCCCUCUACAAGGAAGAGCUGGAAGUGUACUUCUCACCAGGCCACUUUGCACAUGGGUCAGACCGGCAUAUGACACGUCUGGAGGACGUGUUCCAGAGGUUCCCUCGGAUGCCCAUGAGCUUGGAGGUCAAAGGGGAAAAUGUAGAGCUCAUUCACAAGAUAGCAGGCCUGGUGAGGCGAUUUGACCGCUGUGAAAUCACCAUCUGGGCCUCGGAGAAGAGUUCAAUUAUGAAGAAGUGCAGGGCUGCCAACCCCGAGAUGCCGUUCUCCUUCACAAUAAGCCGAGGAUUCCGGUUGCUGCUGCUCUAUUACCUGGGGCUGCUGCCCUUCAUCCCAAUCCCUGAGAGGUUCCUCAUCUGCUUCUUGCCUACCAUCAUCAACAGGACCUACUUCCCAUUUUCCUCCCCUGGGCUGAACCAGCUGGCUGCCGUGCUUUCCAAAUGGUUCAUCAUGAGGAAAAGUCUGAUCCAACACCUGGAGCAGCGAGGGGUGCAGCUCUUGGAGGUUGGACCGUCACUCUCAUUUGUCACAUUAAGAAAGCAAGAGGUCCAGUGACUUGCCCAGGGUACAAAUACUACGACUGCCUGCCUCACUACCCACAAGAGGGGACUCAGGAGGCAGGAAGAUGCAGAGCCGCGGCAGAUGCGGGCAGGCUGGGCGGCACUGAUCACUGGUAAACCUUCCGCAACUGGCUCUCCGGAAAAAAACACAGCACCCUAAUUUGACCAUUGGAUAAUUUUCCUGCUGUAUAUAUUCCCACAGUGGCCAAUUUCAGGCUGCCAACAUGAGGUCACUGAACACAGAGUUGAGAAGCACACCAUUAUAUAGUAUUUCUAUCUUAUACAUUCAACAGACAUAACCUCCAGAGCACAGGUAAUUGUAAAAUGUAGUAAAAUAAUUAGGAAGUGAUGAGUUUUGGGGAUCUAUUACCUUUGUUUUUAAUAUAAUUUAUUGACUUGUAGAUUUAUAUAAUUUAGUAUUUAAUAAUGGCUGUUUUUAAUAACCAGUUUACAAAAUUCCUGAAAACUUAGCAAUUUACUUCAGCAUACCACUGCUGGGGGCUCUCCACAGAGGAGAACUCCCACCAUCUGGAUGUAAGGGGGAGUUCCAGGUAAAGUUGUGUGGAAACUACAAGCCCAUCCCUCCCCACUCAGGUGAUAUUUUGGUGCCUUAAUGAAGAGUCAGAUUUUGAAGUGGCCUUCAGCUUGGGGGCCACUGGCGUCAUGACCGAUUACCCCACAGCCUUGAGGCGCUACCUGGACAACCAACGAGCAGCUGCCAGGGCCUCCUAAGCCUG